ACACUGACCAAGAAUUCAAUAAUCAAAAUCGGAUAGCCUCCUCUGACCAUAUAUCCAACCUUGCUCCUUUCCUUGGGACAGCUAUGGAGAUUUGGAUGGAGUUACGUGUUUCUCCAUCCUCAAUCCAUCCCUGAACAUUCAUGCUGGAGAUUUUUUUCUAUUUUUUUCUUCUUUUAAUUUCUUUUUCGGUCAAUUAUAGGAAGAAAAAUCAUGUCUUUCUCUAUCCUCUCAUCCUCCUGUUUCUCUCUUCCCAAUCCCGACGUUUCAUCUCCUCCCUCCACUGUUUCUCCCCUUUUAAAGAAACCCCAUUUCCAUCCCUGUCCCAAAUCCAAAAAUUUUCCUAAUUAUUUCUCGCUUUCCGUUAAUUCUAUGUCGACCGGGGGUAAAGAUGCCCUUCCGUGUAGAGUGACGUCGUCGCCGUCUCCCUCUUUCCGGUGCAAUUCCGAUGAGGGAAGCGGGGACAAUGUUUCCUGCGCAAAUGAAGCAGAUGGGGCUGAAGAUUCUGAAGAUGAUGAGCAUGAAGGGGUAAUGGUUCAUGAUGAUGUGGAUGAGGAAGAAGAUAGUAGUAGUCCCACUUCUGUUCUGUCAAAGAGAUGGGAUGUCUUGGGCCUUGGUCAAGCUAUGGUUGAUUUCUCCGGCAUGGUUGACGAUGACUUUCUCGAGAAACUCGGGUUAGAGAAGGGUACAAGGAAGGUUGUGAACCAUGAGGAGAGGGGUAAAAUCCUGCGUGCAAUGGACGGGUGCAGUUAUAAGGCUGCAGCUGGUGGGUCUCUUUCCAAUAGCCUGGUGGCCUUGGCCAGGCUCGGUGGUCAGCCUAUUGGAGGCCCGGCAUUGAGUAUAGCUAUGGCAGGCAGUGUUGGAAGUGAUCCACUGGGCGAAUUCUACAGAUCCAAGCUACGGCGAGCAAAUGUGAAUUUCUUGUCUGCACCAGUCAAAGAUGGAACAACGGGGACAGUGAUUGUUCUUACCACACCAGAUGCUCAGCGCACAAUGCUUGCUUAUCAGGGUACAUCUUCGACCAUUAGAUACGAGCCCUUCUUGGCUAGAGCAAUUACAAGAACAAAGAUAUUAGUUGUAGAGGGAUAUCUAUUUGAACUUCCUGAUACAAUCAAAACGAUUGCAAAAGCAUGUGAGGAUGCCCACCGGUUUGGUGCAUUGGUUGCCAUCACAGCAUCAGAUGUGUCGUGCAUCGAGAGACACUAUGAUGAUUUCUGGGAGAUCAUCGCAAACUAUGCAGACAUUGUCUUUACAAAUAGCGAUGAAGCCAGAGCUUUCUGUCAUUUUCGGUCAAAUGAAAGCCCUGAUUCUGCUGCAAGGUACCUAAGCCAUUUUGUUCCCUUAGUAUCAGUUACAGAUGGUGCAAGAGGCUCUUACAUUGGCGUAAAAGGGGAAGCUGUUUAUAUUCCUCCUUCCCCGUGCAUGCCAUUAGAUACGUGUGGUGCAGGCGAUGCUUAUGCAUCCGGUAUUUUGUAUGGUAUACUUCGUGGUGUAUCCGACUUGAAGGACGUGGGUACACUUGCAGCUAAGGUCGCGUCUGUAGUUGUAGGGCAGCAAGGAACCAGGCUUAGGGUACAGGAUGCCAGUGAAUUGGCAGAAAUGUUUGAAUACCAGCGUAAUAAUUCCUCGAUUUGGUCUGAUAUUGGUUCUGAUCAAAUCUCUAGCUUGUAACAAUUAACUCACACCUAUUAUAUUAGACUCUUCAAAUAUCUGUAAACUAAACUCAUUGUAAUUACUUUCAGUAAUGAUAGUUAGUUAUUAUUGUUCCCUGGACUA